AUGGUAGAGCGCAAGUUGGACGACGUGUGCAGUUUGGUUGAGUUAAUGGGUGUGAUUUGCGGGGACUUAAAGGAGAGUCAAUCGCGGGUGUUGGAGUUACGGCGGACCCGGCGGGGAGACGUGAUCCACGACCAGAAUCUGUUGACGUCGAUCCGGCAGAAUUCGGCGGAUCUUUCGUCGGCGGCGAUUGCGGGUCGUAUCUGGGUAGAUGGCCUGAUCGCGACCUUAAAUGAGAAAGACGCCCUCUCGCCCCUGGUCACCAGGGCGGUGGGACCAGAGGGCGGUGGGACGCUAGCAGCACACACGGAAACCGUAAUUGGCGCGGAAAGCACCCCGCUAGGUACUGCGGCCGGCGCCGCCAGGACACCGUUCAGCGGAGAGAUGGAGUUGGGUAGGACAGAGCCGGGGAGGAAGGACCUGGGCUUUUACCAGAAUGUGACCAGCUUCGUGGUCGAGGACAACACACGGGCCCAUGAAGAAACGGCGCCCGAGGAGUCACUCUUGGCCGACGCCCCACGACCUGCCCCACCCGUCCGGCCUGUGGCUCGGCGACUCCGAGGCAAUGUCAAAGUGGACGCCAACAAGGCACUUCAAGACUGCGCCUUCCUAGACGUGGACUCCUUGGGGCAUAGCAGCGCCGAUGUCGGUGCCCAAAAUCCGGCCGGUCUGUUCGCCUUCGGCUUGGGCUGUCCCGCCUCGAACGCGCCGCCGCCAGCCGAAGUUGCUGUCCAAAAAGCCGCGGUGUUGCCGAAGCGCCGCGUAAGCAUCAGCGCCAAGUUCCAGCAAACCAUGAAUCAGAUGACCCAAGACUUGCGUGAACUGGAGGGCUAG